AUGAAAUCCUGGCUGUUGUUCCUCCCCCUCGUCCGCUGCGACGUGCUCUGGAGCGGCUUCUUCGACGCCAACUUUACCGUCGACCACUUUGACAAAUGGUCCUGGUCCAACCAAAUCCCCCCGUACCAAUGGUACAUCCACGGCUCGCAGCCCACACCUCACUACUUGGGCCUCUCGCCCGACUUCAAGAACCCGGCCUCCAAGGUUGAUGCCCAGGGCAUCAGAAUCACCAUCGACAACACCUCCUCAUGGCACAACCAAACAAUGAUGCGCAGCGAGAUCAUCCCCCAGAGGGCCCAGACAACCACCAACCUGGGCCAGGGACACCUGUACUACCAUUUCUCGGUGUCGACGCGCGAGAUCAACGCCCCGGAUCCGAGCCUUGAGCAUCAGAUUGCAUUUUUUGAGAACCACUUCACGGAACUCAAGUACGGACGGCUCAGCGGCACCGCCGACGAUAAUACGCUGCGGUGGAUGGUGGGCGGGCAGACGAAGUGGUCGACUCCUCUAGUGGCCGGGACAUGGUACAACUUUGCGUACGAUAUCGACUUUGACGCGAAGACGGUGGGCCUGUGGGCGUCCACUGGUGCGGAGGCGCUGAAGAAGAUCGUGGAGAACGUGGGUGCGAAUACGUUCACCGAUUCCCAGGAUUGGCAUGUCGGAGAGCUGAGGCUGGAUAAUGGGGCCAACGCGCCUGCCGAGGAUUGGUUCUGGUCGGGGGUUUAUGUGGAGAGUGGGAAGGUGACUACGGAUGUGGCUGGGCCUUCUGCUUAUUGA